UUCUAUUCUAUUCUUUACUUGAUUCCAAUUCCAUUACUCGGUCAUCCUAACGACCCUGUCAACUCCAUUACACUUUCCUCUAAUCCAUCAAACCCAAAAGUUCAAAAAUCUUCAACUUCAAUUCUAUUCAUGAUCAUUAUAUCAUUUUUGGAACAUUUCAUUUCUUAACUAACUCAACCAUGUUUCAUAUCUUCCAAUAUAUUGUUUUGGCUCUCACUUUACUUCCCUUUUCUUUCUCUCAACCCCCGAGAGCCGUCCUCAUAGACUGCGGUGCCACCACGACCUCGGUGAUCAACGGUCGAGAAUGGGUCCCGGAUGGUGGAUUUAUAUCUACAGGUGUUUCAAGAAACAUAACACAACCAACUGACGUUGUUAAUAAAACUUUGUCAACUGUUAGAUUGUUUCCUUUGCUUCAAAACAAUAAUCGUCGUAGGAAGUUUUGUUAUGUGGUCCCAGUUUAUCGGUCGGCUAAGUAUCUUGUUAGGAGUACUUAUUAUUAUGGUGGUGUUAAUGAUGGGGCUGCUUUUCCUCCGGUUUUUGAUCAAAUUGUUGAUGGGACUUUAUGGAGUGUGGUGAAUACGACCGAGGAUUAUGUUAAGGGAGACGCGUCGUAUUAUGAAGGGGUUUUUCUUGCUGCUGGGAAGUCGAUGAGUUUUUGUUUGGCUUCUAAUACUUACACGGAAUCUGAACCUUUUAUAUCCGCUUUGGAGUUUGUGAUGUUGGCAGAUUCUUUGUAUAACUCGACAGAUUUUGGGAAUUCUAGUCUUAGAUUGGUUGCAAGGCAUAGUUUUGGAUACAACGGUUCGCUGAUAAGAUAUCCUGAUGAUCAAUUUGAUCGGUAUUGGGAGCCAUAUGGUGAAAAUAAUCCUACAACUUCAAGAGGAGAAAAUGUAUCGAUCAAUGGUUUUUGGAACCUUCCUCCAUUGAAAGUAUUUCAGACACAAUUGAUGAUUAACCAACUACGGCCACUAGAGUUACAAUGGCCUCUUGAACCUCUGCCGAACUCAAUCUACUACAUUGCACUCUACUUUGCAGAAGAAACCGGGACAUCAAGAAGUUUCAGUAUUAGCAUAAAUAACGUUACAUAUUAUAGCGAUCUUAAGGUUCCACAAUCUGGUGUUGCAUUGUUUGCAAACCAUUGGCAGCUUUCUGGUCUAACAAAGAUUAUACUCACCCCUACUAAUGGAUCUACUUCUGGUCCUCUCAUUAAUGGUGGUGAAAUUUUUGAAGUUCUGCAAGUUGCUGGAAGAACACACACAAGAGAUGCAAUUGGCUUGACCCGUUUGAAGGAAAGUUUCCAGAACCCACCAUUUGAUUGGAAUGGUGAUCCGUGUUUACCCAAGGAGAAUUCAUGGACUGGGAUUACUUGUUCUGGAGGAUCCAAUAUUCGCGUGACUGGAUUAAACCUUACGAGCAUGGGGCUUUUGGGAUCAUUAUCUCCCAAUAUAGCAAACUUGACUGCCCUAAGUGACUUAUGGCUUGGGAACAAUAACUUAUCAGGACCAAUUCCUGAUCUCGGUACAUUAAGGAUGUUAAAGACUAUACAUUUGGAAGACAAUGAGUUCAAUGGACCGAUCCCCUCGUCUCUGGGAAAUCUUGACAGAUUGCAGGAACUAUUCCUACAAAACAACAAUUUGACCGGUCAAAUUCCAAGCAGCCUCACAGGGAAACCCGGAUUGAACUUAAGGGUUUCUCCUGGUAAUUCACUUUUGGUCCCACCAAAUCCUUGACCACAAAUCUGUGAAAUCAUCUAUACAAGAUAUCUCACCAACUCAUAAGAUGAUGUCAUUCAAGCUUCUUGAUAGAGUUUUUCUUUUGUUACCCAUUUGUUGAUUAGUUGAAAUUGUAUAGCUUUAUUUUGACAACUGAUUUCUUAUAUUUUUAUCAUCAUCAUCUAAUUAACUAAAGUUGAGUGAACAAA